CGCCCUGACCCUCGACGCCCUGGAGGCGGGCUUGCGUUUUCCUCUUCACCCCCUCAUAGCAUCCAGCCUGUCUCUCUGGCGGAUUUCGCCAUCUCAGGUGGCGCCAAACUCUUGGCGUUACCUGGUGGUAUUCCUGGGGGAAUGCCAUUAUGCCAACAUCACCCCCACUCUUUCUUUCCUGCUACCGCCUCUGCAAGGGUUCGUGGGGCUAUUUUUUGUCAGCCCGGAUGGGUUUUCGAGUUGGUGGUGCCCCUUCCAGUAACAAGGGAUGGAAGGGGAGGUUUUUUUAUGUCAGCCGUGCGCAGGACUGGGGUUUCGGGGUUCGGUGGUCCGCGAGGGCGAUCGAUAACACCACCCCAUGUCUGGGCGAGGCAGAGCGCCAAGCUCUGGUGAGGCUCAAGGAGAUUCUCCCUAGGUCGCAGGCCAUCCGUACCAUGACCGAGUAAUGGCUGGUCGAGGCGGGCCUCAGCCCGACGCCUAUGGGUAUGUUUAGUUACGUUUCGUCCGGGCGUUUUGCGUGGUUGGCUCUGGGUACUAACUUCUUUUGUUUCUUGUAGAUAUGGUGAACCUGCGCUCGCUCCUGGGGGGUCAGGGUUCAGAGCCCCCCCUUCCAGCUUCGCCAACCGAUCCGCAACCUCCUACUCCCGCUCCGUCGACCGACCCGCAACCCGGCUCGGCGGGCGCCCCGUUGGAGGUCGAGGCUGGGCGCCCUUCGAAGAAGGCGAAGACAACCCCGUCGAAGGGGCCCGAGGCGAGCUCUCAUCGUGGAGGGGCAGUCCCUAGUCGUCGGACGGCCGGGAAGGGUCUUCGCCCUGUCUCCGUGCGCGACCUCUGCCGGCUUCCUGCCAGAGACGGGGAGCCGUACCUGACGCGGCUAGCGAGCGAGAUCCUGCCUGGUGAGCUCAGCGACCCCUUGGUUCCCCGCUGGGAGGGUUUGUCCCGGGGGUCUAAGGUGUGGGCCGGAGGGGAUCCCUCCGCGACGUUCCUCCGAGGCGCGCUCCAUCCCGAUAUGGCUCGGGACUUGUAUGUCCUGCCCUCGGAGGCGUUGCUCAACAAGUUGGCCCAGUCACUGACCUGGGGUCUCCACUACGCGGUGGCCCUGAUGGACAAGGUGCGCGACGCCGGCCGGGUCAUCGGGGGCCUGGCCAGUCGCAACGCUGAACUCGUCCGCCAGGUUGAAGAGGUUCGAGCCGGAGCUGGUCCGGAGGCCGUGGCGGCUGCCGAGCAGAGUGCGUUGGACCUGGAGGCGGAGGCGGCGCGCCUCCGGUCGGAGCUCGAGGUUUCUAAGAAGGCGAACGAGGGACUCCAGAAAACAAUAAGGGUGGAGCGGACUGAGCUCCGCCUGGUGAAGACGGAGGCGAGCGCCCUCAACAAAAAGCUGGAGGAGGCGAAGGCUGAGGCGAAGACGGCCUCGCAGGCGCUGGCGGAGGAGGCCCGUCUCCGACCCGCGAGAGACAAGGAGCUCCUUGAGGCCUACAAGAGGUCGGAGGGGUUCGAGCUCGGGCUGACGCGGACGGGGCGGGUAUCCUUUGAAUAUGGAUACCGUAUCGCUACGUCCCGUUUCCGUGCUCGUCACCCGGGUCUCGAGGUGGAGGAGGACCCUUUUACCCCUCACCCCGAGGACCGGGGGGUGGAUAUGCCUGAGGAAGUCCCCUUCGACGAUCGCCUAGAGGUCCCCCAAAAAUAAAGGGGUUUUGUAUUUGUUUUUUUUGGCCGGGUUUUGUAAGUCGGGUCCUGUAUUUUGGUUUGCUGUCUUCAAUAAAAGGAAAGACUUUUCUCCAUCCGCUUUAUUGUUCCCUUCUUUUCCUAGGCAAAAGCUUCUUCCUUCGGGAGAGAGUUCUUCCUCUUUAAACGGAAAAGGUUUCUUCGUUUCAAACGAAAAACUUCUUAAGGUUUCCGACGUUCCAGGUUCUCGGCAAAGGAGAACCGUCCAUCGACGUGAGGCGGUAAGCACCCGGUCGGACUACCUUGACGACCCGAUAAGGUCCCUCCCACUUGGGGGCCAGCUUUCCCCUUGCUCGGGUCGGGUCGCUAACCUCGACCCUUCGUAGGACUAGAUCGCCUAACUUGAUCGGUCGGGGUCGUACCUUUUUGUUGUAGACCCUUGCGACGGCUCUCUGGUAAGAGAGGGCUUUCAAGUGCGCGUCAGCGCGUCGCUCCUCGAGCACGUCGAGGCUGGCACGAAGUCCUUCGUUCGAGACUUCCUCGUCAUAGCUCUUUGUCCGAAGGGUGGCGACAGCCAUCUCGGGUGGCAAGACGGCUUCGGUCCCGAACAUCAAUCUGUACGGGGAUUCUCCGGUCGCGGCCUUAGGAGUGGUGCGCAGUGACCAUAGUACGCUGGGGAGCUCGUCUGCCCAGGCUGACUGGGCUGCGGACACUCUUCUUUUGAGUCCGUCCAAGAUGGAUCGGUUGGUUACCUCUGCCAGCCCGUUCGUCUGGGGGUGAGCCACCGAGCUGAACCUCAGUUGAAUGCCAUGAUUGGCGCAGAAUUCCUGGAACCUUCUGCCGGCGAACUGAGGUCCGUUGUCCGUGAUAAUGGCCUUGGGCAACCCGAACCAAGUUACCAGGUUCUUCCACACGAACUUCUCCAUUUGAUGUUCCGUGAUCGUCGCCAACGGCUCGGCCUCGACCCACUUUGUGAAGUAGUCCACUCCUAUAAUUAUGUACUUCCGCUGUCCAGAAGCCGGUGGGAAGGGUCCGAGGAGGUCCAAACCCCACUGCGCGAAUGGCCAUGCGCAGUCGAUGGGGCUGAGCGGGACCGCGGGUUGUCGGGGAGCACGGGCGUGCUGUUGGCACGAGCUGCACCGCUGUACGUAAGCUUUCGCGUCCCGGCACAUGGUCGGCCAGUAGUAGCCUUGGCGAAGUAUUUUGUGCGCCAAGGUUCGCCCGCCGAUGUGCUCGCCGUAGACCCCCUUGUGGGUUUCGGCUAGGACCGCCUGGGCUUCGUCAGGCUCGAAGCAUCGCAGGAGGGGAUAGGUGAAGGACCGUUGUAAAGUCGGCCGCUCUCCUCGGUGUACCAUACGUGUGUACGACGUAGGCGCCAAGCCGCGGCUUUGUCGAGGGGAAGGGUUCCGUCCCGCUUGAAGCGUAGUAGCUCCUGCACCCACGUGAUCGGGGCGUUGCCUGAGGCCGUAGUCGCCACUUCAAUGGCGCGAGCAGGGAGCUCCUCAACCUCCGGCCGUGCCUCGGAGGUCGGUUUUGACGCCAGCUUAGGUAGGGCGUCGGCUCGUUCGUUUUUCUUCCUCGGAACAUUGGAUAAGGUAAAGUAGCGAAACUUGGGGGUCAGGUCCCUUACCCGUGCCAGGUAUUUCGCCAUGGUCGCGUCCCGAGCUUCGUAUCCGCCGUUGAGCUGCUCGGCCACAAGUUGUGAGUCGGUGAGGACGCGUAUCGCGGCCACCUGCAUCUCGAGGGCCAGCCUUAGUCCCGCUAAGAGCGCCUCGUACUCCGCCUCGUUGUUGGUGGCUUUGAACCCGAAGCGAAGGGAUCGCUCGAACGAGCGUCCGUCAGGGGCGAGGAGGACCAGCCCUGCGCCUGCGCCCUUUGAGUUGGCCGAGCCGUCGAUGUGUAGGGUCCAAGCUUCGGGAGCCCGCUUGAGAUUUGCGUCCUCUAGUUGCGUCAGCUCCGUAAUGAAGUCGGCUACCACUUGGGCCUUGACGGCGGUCCUGGGCGAGUACCUUAUGUCAUGUUCGCCGAGCUCCACCGCCCAUUUGAGGAGCCGUCCUGCAACAUCAAAUUUCGUUAAGACCUGCCGAAGGGGUUGGUCGGUGACGACCUCCACCGGGUGUGCCUGGAAGUAGGGGCGCAACUUCCGAGCUGAGAGCACUAGGGCGAGCGCGAGCUUCUCUAUCGGCGGGUAACGCUCCUCAGGUCCACUCAGGACGUGGCUGACGUAGUAGAUCGGGAGUUGUUGGCCGGAGCUUUCCUUGACCAGGACAGAGCUGACCGCAUGCUGGGAAGCCGCCAAGUAGAGACCCAGCCUCUCGCCCGGAGAGACGGAGGCGAGCCGGGGAAGG